UCCGAUUCAGCAGCCCUCCAGGCUUUUGCGGGUACCCAACCUCCUGUUGUUGCCUCAAAUUCGGUUGGUUUGCCUCAUCAGGUUGCAACGUUGCUGCCACAGGCUGCUGCAUGGCGUGCUUCAGAUGAAGAAGGCAGCACAGAGCUUUCAUCUGGGACUUACCCGGAGCUAGAUCCUGAAUCCUGGCUGGAUGCGCUUCCUGUCAUAGGCAGUUUGCCUGAGAGUUCAAUAGACAGCCAUGAAUCUUCCUCUCAAGGGCAGCCUCCAGAAUUCUCACGACCUGCAUGCCAAGUUUACUCAGGAACAACGGAAACAUGGCUUUCAGGACAGGGUUUUCCAACAGCAUCAUCGAGCGUUCCAGACGAGGCCGCUGCUCCAGCAGCAGCGGGUGCUGCAUCUGACGAGGUUGUUGCAACAGCAGCACCACCAUCAACGACUGCUGCUGUCUCCGUGGCUGGUUUGAUUUGCAUGCACCCUUUUGUCAGGCUGCCUAUUUUGCAGGAAGGGGUGGUGCCGCCGCCCAUUGUAUUGAAUUCUUCCCAUUUUGAUGUAAGCAACCGUGCACCACUGCGGGAACUCUUGCUUGGUUUCCGCCACAUGUUUAUGAGGAAAGAGCUGGACCAGGCGGACGCUGCCUUUCUUGUCCAGCAUAUCCAGGACCUUGCAAUGGCGUCGGCCGCUCGGGCGCGUUCAACUAGGCGGAUGAGCCGCCCAGUGCAUGGGGUGGCGAGCAUAGGGAAGCACUUUCUCAUUUUUGAUGCAAUCGUAUCUGCUAUGCACGUCCUCGGAGUUCCACCUAGAUCAACCUCGUGGUGGAUUGAUUUCAUCAGAUGCUUCGAUGCUGAGUACCGAUACCCCCUACCAUCACUUCGCACCAAAGAAAGUGGAAAGGUAAACGCCUACCUCGCCAAUCGUCUUCUAGCCGCCAUCUGCAUCUACAAAAUGGGAGAGCGGCCAAGGCCGGAGGAAAUAAUAGAACUGAAGCGGAUCCUCCUCUUCUCCCCCUAUGCACCCGUGCGUUUCAGGAGCGAUAGUUGGGACCCAUGGAGAGAGGAUCAUCUAUUGUUUGCUUACAAACAUCCUGCGUUGGAUGGUUGGUUAUGGAGGGGAAGGGACGCUUUCUAA